UCAAAAGAAAACUCUUUAUAGGCAACCAGGAAAAAAAGUUAAAUAAAAUACUCUCAAGCCCUAGACCCUGCGAGACUGCGUGCACAGCUGAGCGCUUCACCUCGGACCUCCCAGGCCCUCUCGCACAGACGGAGCAGCGGCGACCAGAGUAGUCGCCGGAGCAGCAACAGACCAGGGAGAGUGUGUCCAUCGGAGGAAUAUUUUGCUGCUUCCUUCGUUGGCUCUGCCACUUCGAAGCUGGCACAGUGAGAGGCCACAGUAUUGCCAUUUGUGAUUGUUGGCAAAAUCAUGGAAGAGACAAAUAGUUCUUUGGAUCAAGAUGAAAGGGUAAAGAGAGAAGCAUCUCAGUUGGUGGCAGUGUUGAAAGAAAUGAAGGAAGGAUUAGAUGUAGUAAGGAGUAAAGUGCAAGCAUUAACUUCCAAGGUAAAAGCAGAUCAAUUUCCAACAGCUGAUGGGGUAAGCUAUCUGGAGGCCAAACACUUGCUGCUUUUAAACUAUUGCCAAUCAGUUGUCUAUUAUUUGCUCCGCAAGGCUAGAGGUUUAUCAAUUGAAGGACAUCCUGUUAUUCGAAGCCUUGUGGAGAUUAGAUUAUUUUUGGAAAAGAUUCGUCCAAUUGACAAAAAAUUCCAGUACCAAAUUCAAAAGCUCACAAAGGUUACGGAGAAAGAAAAUCUGAAUGAAAAGCAAACAGAUGCAGCUCAGAAGACGGAGGAUCUAUUGAAAUAUCGCCCAAAUCCUGACAUGCUGGUUAGCAAGUCAAACAUGACAUCUGAGGAUGGCAGUGGUGUGUAUCGACCACCCAAAUUUGCCCCGACUACAAUGGAGGAAGACAAGAUGUCAAAACAAGAAAGAAAUGCUUUGAGAAAAGAGAAACAUGCUUUACGACAAGCUAAGCAGAGCGCUUACGUUAGGGAACUGGUGGAUACUAUAGAGGGCAAACCUGAAGAGGUGAGGGAGAUUGUCGGACACGAAAGUAGAGAAUUCACUAGAUUCAAGGAGAAGAUGGAAGAGCGUGCACGGCAAGAAGAGGAACUUUUUAAUCGUGCUCCUCUCACAAGGAUGGAGAAAAAGAAAGCAAAACACUUGCAGAAGUCGAGAAAUGGGUUGCUUGGCUUGGCAGAAAACUUUUACGAUGAAAUAAGAACUUUACCUAUAGAGGAAGACAGUGGGCAAAUGACAAACUUUGAUAAUGGUAGCAGUGGCAGGAGAAAAUUUAAGAAGCGCAAGAUGAAGCAUUGAAGGUGAUGUAUGAUAGUGGUGCAGAUCUUUAUAUUUAUAGAGGAGUCCACAAUGGGAAUUUUAAGCCUUGAUGGUGCUGUUCAACCUUUGUUCUUUAGGGUACUGAAAUGAGAGCAUGAAACAGAACAAUUUUGUUGAGAUUGAGAUCUAAUUGCUCUGUUCUUUUAGCUAAUUUUCCCAUAUCCAUGGGUAAAGUAUGUUAUCGAUAUUCACUAUACGGGCUAAUAAUUUUUGAGUGAUGAUACAUAAGUAUAAUUUUUUAUUUUUAAAAAACAUUUGUCAUCUCAAGCUCUUUUUGUAGCAAUUUAUCAGCAACACUUCUGCGUAAAA